CCAGACCAGAAGAACUAAACACGAUUCGCGAGCCACACUCCUGCUGUCACUCGUUGCAUCUCACCUAGAGACCAGCAGAGUGUAGUGUGCUGUGUGCCUCUUGCUAGCUAAGCAAGGAGAUAGCCGGAGCCAUGGCGACCAUCGCCGCUGCCGCCGCCGCCCGCACCGCCGUCGUUGGCCGGCCGUCAGGGGUGGCUCAGCUGAGAGCGAGGAGGGGUGAGAGGGUGAGGUGCGGCUACUCCUCCAGGGACGGCAAGGAGGCGACGCCCGCCGCCGCCGUGAAAGGCGCGACGUCGAUGCUCGCGGCGGCGGUGACGGCGUCGUCGUCGUCGGCGCCGGCGGCGAUGGCGCUGGUGGACGAGCGGAUGUCGACGGAGGGGACCGGGCUGAGCCUGGGGCUGAGCAACAACCUGCUGGGGUGGAUCCUCCUCGGCGUGUUCGGCCUCAUCUGGUCGCUCUACACCGUCUACACCUCCACGCUCGACGACGACGACGAGUCCGGCGGCCUCUCCCUCUGAGGCCUUGUUCGGUUAAUCCGAGAAAGAGAUUGGAGAGGGGAUUGAGAGAAUAAUUCUACACUAUAAUAGGAGUAAAAUAAAUCCUCUCUAAAUCCUCCGCUCGCGCGUUACUCGACACGAGGCGGCAGUUAAUUAUUUUGCAUUCUUAGUUGGUGUAGAGACCAAUUGAAGUUACCACUUCGAUGAGUCCGUCUACUGAUCCUGCCUCUAUCUUUUUUUUUUUUUACUGUUCUGCAAAUAGGCGGGGCCUGCCUAUGCUUGAGUGUGCAUGUCGAAUUUGGUGUAAUUAAUUGGAGACGUGCAUGGAUAUUUUGUAACUAAUUAAGUUGGUGUUUACCUUGAGUAGUAGCUGGCUAAGUUUUUCAUGAAAGUUUCAAGCCAGUUAUGCGUUCCACUAUAUAUAGAAAAGGUUGCCACAUGCAUAUUCC